GGCCACUGUCAACGUGACACAAAAUGAGCAAGGACCUAUUUUGCUGUAAGAUUCAUGGAACUGCAUACUGAACAGCCUGAGAAAAUGAACAAAAUUUCGUAAGAUGAAUGCAACGAGGAAUGUAAGAAGGUAUUGGAAGAGAAGAUGAAGAGGACGAGGUUACUGCCUUAUUUUUUCCAAAAUCAAAAAGGCGAUCCAUUCAAUGAAAAACGAAGGAAGUGCAGUGAUGGAGAUGCAGUGUGGAUGGAUAAAGGAUACUGGAGGAAUGCUUUUUCCACUUGGUUAGCACCAGUAACUAGAGUGACUGGAUUCGACACUCCGUUCCCCCACGUUUACGAACCGUUCUACGUUCCCACAAAAUGGAGAUGCUUUGACGCUGUCAAAACAAAAAUGUUUGAAAAUUAAAUAGUAUAAAUUAAUGAGUUUUAUCAGUUGGCUGAUCUAGAUAAACU